CUUGGAGCAAGUCGCCGGCAGCAAACUGGCUCAACAGAAAUUCAAACUCCACUGGCAUCCAAAAAAAAACCAACCACUUCAAAGAACAAGACAACAUAAACGAACUCAAAAUAUAUUUGAAGUCAACGGACUGAAAACAGAAAACAAAAACACGACAAAAGAGUGGACGAGGAAGCGAUGGCCGUCUCGCCUCCUAAACCAUGGGAACGUGCAGGGAAUAACAGCACCACGACCAGCUCCUCACUCACAAAUCAACCCACUACUCCAUCAUCAUCAUCAACAAACUCCUCCGACCAGAACGUACCAAGCCUUCCUCCUAGACCAUCCACCUUGCUCGAUUCAAACUCAAACUCACUCCAACCUUCUAGUAGCCCACUCAAUCCAGCCGGUUAUUCCUCGUCGUUUGCUGGAGGAAGUCCCUAUUCAUCCAGAUACGGAGGAGGAUACGGCAUGUCUUCGGGCUAUGGCGGCUAUGGUGGCACCUCGCCCUACGGUGGUUAUUCGAGGAUGGGUGGGCUGGGCUCCUACGGUGGACUCAACUCAUACGGAGGAGGGUAUGGUGGCUACGGUGGCGGGAUGGGAUACGGAGGUCUAGGUGGAUUCGGCGGGAUGGGUGGAUAUGGGGGAAUGAACAAUCAGAUGGGCAUUAAUGGCCCAGUCGACCCAUCGAUGAUCCAACCAACACUCAGCCAAACGCUCGCCAAUUCAACUCAAUCCACCUUCCAACUCCUCGAAUCCCUCGUCAUGGCCUUCUCUGGCUUCAGUCAACUACUCGAAUCUACCUUCAUGAUGACCCAUUCGAGUUUCUUCACCUUUAUCCAACUGAUCGAACAAUUCAACCUCUUCAAAUUUAGCAUCGGCAAGAUCCUAAGCUUAUUCGAUCUGCUCAAAUGGGCCAAAGGCUUUAUCACCGGUACCAACAGCUCAUCAGAUCGAAACCCUUGGUCUGACACUUUCAAAAACUUCGAUCCGAGGAACUUGGCCGGCUCUUCCGAAGGCAAAGGUACCAAUACACCCCGACCAUCACGAAAACCGAUCGUCAUCUUCUUCUUGACGGUUUUCGGAAUCCCUUACCUGAUGAACAAACUGGUCCGAUCGAUCAUCAACAAACAGAAACAGCGACAAUCCGCCUUCCCUCCCAAUCCGUUAAACCCCUCGAUCUCAAACGAGCAGCAAGUCACACUCUCAGUCGAUCCUAGCAAGCUGACCUUCGUCAAGGCUAUUCAUCCUUAUCAUCCCACCACUCGAGAGGAGGACAUCAAUCAACUGAAUCCGAUCGAGAAGGAGUUGAAGUUUGAGAAGAACGAGGUGAUUGCGGUGCUCUUACCGAUGUCGAUCGAAGAGAGAAGGUCGAUGGGAUGGUGGAAAGGUCGAACGAGGGACGGCCGGAUCGGCUGGUUCCCGAAGAACUAUGUCGAGGAAAUCCUCAUCAACCAGCCUCCUCCCUCCUCCCCAUCCCCUUUUGCCCAACAACAGCAACAGCAACAACAACAUCAUCAUCAUCAGACAGCUCAAAAGGACAACAAAGCUCAUCGAACCGUCCAAUUCGAGGACUCCAAACCGGCUCAGAACGGGCCCAUCAAGCCUGACCAACAAUCGCUUCCCCUAAAAGACACUCAGAACACUCAAUCUACUCCAGCUUUCCAGAAAGAAAACGACGAGCUGGAUUCAGAUGACCGUCCAACUCAUCCACAGAAUCAUCGACAAAGAUUGGGCAUGACUACAAUGAAAUACUAAACCCUUCGAUAUGCUGCUCCUUUCCCCUUCCUCUCCUCAAAACCGUCCUACAUUCUUUUGUCUUUUUUGUGCCUGCUUUUUUUGGUUUUCUACUCACACCUAACUAAAUCAAGAUGGUUGUUUGGAUCAUUCUUAAUUUUUUUGGUUUCAUAUAUACUUUUAUUUCAAUUGUUUUCUACUGACAAGUGGUAUAUUUGUGGGUUUUGGGGGUGAGUGAGGGAUGGUGAAAGAGAGAAUUUCGAGCAUGAUUCCAUUUUUUUUGUACACGAGCUCGUUACAUUAUCUCCAUAUAUAAUUGAUCAAUGUCAUUUUUCUCUAUUCUCUCAAAAGAAGACAAAGAAAGCAAGAGAAAAAGAUUGAAUGUAUGUAUCCUGUUAGUUAUAUACUCUUUGUUAUGUAAUGUCAUUUUUACUAUUUUUAUUUGAUUUGAUUUGUCUUUUGAUAAGAAAUGAACUUUUGAAUGUGUGGA